AUGGGCCCCUGUACCGCCUCCUCAUGCUGCUGCCAGGCCCGUAAUCUGCCAUGGGCCCCUGUACCGCCUCCUCAUGCUGCUGCCAGGUCCAGAGUCUGUCUCAUGGGUCCCUGUACGGCCUCCCAUUGCUGCUGUCUCCAUCGCCACACUCUGCCAUGUGCCACUUUCAGGUCUCCUCACACUGCUGGUGGGUUCCAUUUUGUCAUAGGGUGCUGGCAGAUUACGGGCCUCCCAUUGCUGCUGCCAGGCCCGUAAUCUGCCAUGGGCCCCCGUACCGACUCCUCCUCAUGCUGCUGCCAGGCCCAGGGGCCCCUGUACCGCCUCCUCUCAUGCCAGGUCCAGAGUGUACAUGGGUCCCUGUACGGCCUCCCAUUGCUGCUGUCUCCAUCGCCACACUCUGCCAUGUGCCACUUUCAGGUCUCCUCACACUGCUGGUGGGUUCCAUUUUGUCAUAGGGUGCUG